GAUAUGCAACAAGAUUUAUAUUAAACAGCGCAAAAUUAUGCGUCAACAGGAAUGUGUAGAUCUGUCACGUUGACAGUUGUCAAUUCUGUUUUGAAUGUUUUGACGUCUUGGUGAAACCAAAAAUAUAUUUUUCAAUCAAAAAUCAUAGUAAAAUAUAAAUAAAAUGAGCAAAGCAAAGGUGCCGUUGCGCGAUAUAUCGCCUUUUUUACAAGCCUUUAGGGAUUUUCUACUUGGAAGGAAACACACAAACGCUCUGCGUUCCGAACUCGGGCUCUCGGCAAGGACGCAGCCACCUCCGCAGAUUCCCGAUGGAGUUACACAUAAACAUGCCCACAACUACUACUACACUAGGGAUGCUCGUCGAGAGGUAGCACCACCCAUUGAUCUCACCAAGAAACUACUUUCCGAGAGUUCAGAUAAAGGGGCACCAAAGGCAGCUCGCAAUGUGAUUCCCACUCCUGGCCAAGUAUACCAAUGGGACAAACACUAUGAAUAAGAAUGGUUUUUGAUUAGUCAAUACAUGGAUGUAUCCAAUACAUUGUUUUAAGUUAAAUAUAAAAUAUGUAGUCUGGC